GCCGCGGUGUGCCGGAACCAAUCACAAAUUUAUCGUACUAGUGAAGCCAGUACAGGUACACUGCCGGUACAUCGUCCUGUUCCUUCCGCACGACCACCUCUCUCCCUUCCGCGCCGUCAUGCACAUCUUCUCCCAGUCUUUCAAGUAUGAGUGAGUAUCUUCUGCCUCGUCGUCGUCCCCAGUGUGCUAACUACGCAAAUUUCAGUCACUCAUGGUCUCACGUCGUCAUCGGAAUGUGGCACAAAUACCCCAACCCACAUUGUACUCACGUCGUUACCGUCGAUGUCCUCGAUCGUACGAUUGAUCCGUCAACUGGAAUAAUACGGACGGAGCGUGUUCUCGGGUGCAAGCAGAAGACGCCUUCAUGGAUAGUCAAGCUCUUUGGCGGCUCAGAAGAUGCUUUUGUUCGUGAAAUAUCCUUCAUAGACCCUGCAACGCAAACGGCAACCAUAACAUCUGUCAACCUCUCGCUGUCUCAAUUCGCUACUUGCUACGAGCGAAUACAGUACAGACCAAUGUCCUCUACCCAGACAUCCUUUACCCAAACAGCAGAGAUACAAGCACGGAUGGCUAUGUGGAGGAGUAUGACAGACAAGUUUGAGGAUUGGUUGGUUCAGCGUUUCGAGCAGAAUGCCAUUUCAGGUAAAGCUGGAUUCUCGGACGUGCUCAGGACAAUGUGGGAGGCCAAGGAACAGCAGACUGCACCAUCAUAG